AUGCCCGGCAUAGUGGUGUUUCGGAGACGAUGGUCGGUAGGCUCGGAUGACCUUGUGGUUCCGGGACUGUUUCUUUUGGUCAUCCAUUUCAUUUGGCUCACCGUGCUCCUGACAGUGACGUACGCUUUCCACUUCGACACGAGCGCGAUUUGCCAACAGCAGCUGUUGAACUUUCAAAUCGGCUACAUGAUCCUGCUGGCAGUGUGUAUGUGCGUUGAAGCUUCCAUAUGUAUCAUUUCGAUGCGGGGCAGUAUACUUGAUACGGAGCGGCGCGCUUCGAUGCAGUACCUGCUGUACGGUCGACUAUUGCUGAUGCUACUGGAACUGAGCGCCCUAACGAUGGGCAUCAUUUGGCUGCGGGACAAUUACGCGAGCUGCCAGACCGAUGAGCCGAAGGAAGUGAUGCUGGCGGCCGUCAUUUGCAACCUGUUCGUCGUGUUCAGCAUGAUUACCACGAUCUGGUGCACAUUCGAUCCGGCCGGCCGGUCGUGGGUGAAGAUGAAAAAGUAUCAGCGCUCGAUGCGACAGUCCGAGUCGCGCUUCAACUACAAGCGCAGCGGCAGCCGUAGCCGCAACUGGCGCCAGCGGAAAGUGAUCCGGGCGUACCAGGACAGCUGGGAUCACCGAUGUCGGCUGCUCUUCUGUUGCAUGGGAAACAGCGAUCGGAGCCGCAACUCGUUCACCGACAUCGCCCGGCUGUUGAGUGACUUUUUCCGCGAUCUAGAUGUCGUACCCUCGGACGUAGUUGCUGGCUUGGUGCUACUGCGGAAAUUUCAGAAGCUCGAACGGGAAGUGAUAGUGCGGCAGCAAAAAAACGGAACUCACAAGUUUCUGUCCGGCGUUCCGAUCAUGGCAAGCACUAAGUUUCUUGCACUGCAUGACCCAAACGACUUCAACCAUUUUCAGAACGUUAUACGGUACAUGUACUUUGCACAAGGCGCCUACGGCUGGCCGAUGUAUCUGAUGAGCCAUUCUAGCACCGGAAUUUGUCAGCUAGCGUCCGAGCUACGAUAUUGCUUCUGCCGCCGGAACGCGGUGGAUGUGGUGGACGAUAAUUGCUGCUUCUGUAACUUUGCCGCCCUUAGAAAGAUGCUCGAGCUCGGUGAGGUAGAGGUGCUUUACGCCACCUAUCACGUGGAUAUCGCCGAAACGCCAUUUUUCGUGGCCAUCGACUACAACCGCAGCAAGAUCGUCGUCAGUAUCCGUGGCACGCUCAGCAUGAAGGAUGUGCUGACUGAUCUGAAUGCGGAAGGAGAACCAUUGCCCGUGAGCCCCGCGCGUGAAGAUUUUCUCGGUCACAAGGGUAUGGUGCAGGCUGCACUCUACAUCAAGCAGAAGCUAGAGGAAGAGAAUCUGAUUCAGCGGGCGCUGUUGCACAAUCCGGCGCGCGGAACACAAAACUUUGGCCUGGUGUUAGUUGGGCAUUCUCUGGGAGCGGGAACGGCCGCAAUUUUGGCUAUUCUGUUGAAGCAGGAAUACGAUGUACUACACUGCUACAGCUAUUCGCCACCGGGCGGUUUGUUAAGCAUUCCUGCGGUAGAGUACAGCAAGUCCUUCAUAACGUCCGUUGUUGUGGGAAAAGAUGUUGUUCCUAGAAUAGGUUUAUAUCAGAUGGAAGCGUUGCGAGCAGAUUUGAUAAAUGCGAUCCAACGCAGCAUAGAUCCGAAGUGGAAAACUAUAGCAUGCUCGGUUAUAUGUUGCUGUUGUGGACCGGAACCGACCUCGGUGAUGAUGAUGUCGACAAAGGACUCAAAUGUGCAGCGUUACAAGCAGGAUCGCAACAGUGCUCGCCAAAGCACGGUACACCCGAGCGACAAUUCUAUCGCCUUAACAAUUCACCAUCCACUGUAUCCUCCGGGCCGUAUUAUACAUAUUGUGCGACAUCAUCCUAUGCAAGAGGAGCAAAUGCUGAAAAAACGCGAACCGGUCUAUCAAGCUAUCUGGGCUGACAAUAAAGACUUCGACGAAGUGCUCAUCUCACCAGUCAUGAUUCAAGAUCAUAUGCCCGAUACGGUACUGGCGGCACUAGAAAAGGUGGUUGCUUCCGCCGGUCCGCAAAAACCGAACCGCCAGUUUACGAGCGCAGCGGCAGACGCAGCUUCCCCGGAUGUCCAAGUACGCUUCUCUACUGCUCAGUUAGAUGCGCCUACCGUAAGCGAAAAUCUUCAACAACAAAAUAUCGCCUCACCAGUAGUACCACAUAAGAUUUGUUUGGAAACUUCUUUCACCGACAUGCAACUGCUGCAGCUGCACCAGAGCGAAGAGUCCCAGCAACCGCUGGCGUACGACUCUCGGCUCAACCCGGUGCCGGAUGUGCCGAAAGCAUCGCCCGCAGCCGGUAGCAGCGUGAUGGGGAUGCGCAGCGUCCCUUCGAGUCUGGUGGACGACAGUGGUAUUCCGCAAAGUAUCUCAGGCCCAAGUGAAAUGACCACUCUGAUCCUAGGAGAAGUACAAAACGCUGGUCCAGUAUCGGCAGCCGCCGCCGUAUGUGUUCCGCCACCGUUAGUUUCCACCAUCGGCGGCAGCAGUGCAACAGUCCGAACGCUCAACUUCAUUGCGUCCGCUAAUCCUACGCGUAACGAUAUGUUCCUCAAGUUUCAACACCAACCAGUGACUUCCGCCAGCGCAGGAUCCGCGCAUCACGCCACAGCGCACAGUAGGUCGGAAAAUUUGUCGCUCGGUGUGACGCGCCGUAACUCGUACGAGGUGCAGAAAGUAGAUCUGAUUCACGACGACUGGUUCGGCAUGGCACCGCUCGCAAGCCCGGAAAGCUUGUCCGAGCUGUCGAGCAUCAGCUCGCGGGCGAGCGUAUACGGUGUCGGUGUGGUGGGUUGUCCGACCGACAGAAGCAUAGAGCAACCGCAGCAGCAGCACCGUGACGAAGGCGUAGCCGCGGAUGGCACAGCUAGCAGCGCGUCACAGCUUCACACACCGAAGGUACUGCGGCGGACACCGAAGGUGAGUGGCAAUCUGUCCACUUGCGCCGAGGACGCGCGCACCGUGUACCAAUACAAACGGAUGGGGAAGAUUUUCGUCCUCGAUCAGCCGUCUUCUUUCGAUUCCGGCACCACAUACGACGGCUCGUUCGGCAACGAAUCGAACGGUAGUGCACCGGAGGAACACAGUUUGCUGUUGACCACCAUACGCGAGAAGGAUUUUCCGCCUCCGAGUUCCGCGUUGGACGAGCCGAGCGAACGGCCCGAAAGCUGGCGGCUACCGACGACGCACACUGUGACUGAUGACGCCCUCGCUCCGAGCGGCUCCGGCCAAGAGCGCUGUACGUCCAGGUGUCCCGCGUGUCCCUGUCGUUCUGGUGCGGUUGAGCUGGAAGCUGUCAAAUGCUGCGAACGAUUCAACCACCGAGAGUGUUACAAUUUCAAGCACACUUCGUUCAACGUGUUCAAGUUCAAGCAAAUACACGAUCAGAAUGGUAGCGGCGCUAGGCAGGAGGCUAGUAGAAGUACGGUCCGUGAAGAAACGCGACAUACCGGCGCACCGAUCGCUGCAGUUGCCACAUCCUCGCCGAGCUCCAUAGCUGGAGCAGCCCGGGCCGGUCUUUUGGAGUCACACUUUCCCGUGCUUUCGUCCGUCGGUCGAACGCCCAAUGGCAACGGUGGCAAUCAUGCGGUAAAGCAGGACCUCAGCGAAACUCCGCCGCACUCAGGGGAGCAGCGCGGUAGUGACACGCUGCCGCUACUGGUCAAUCUGGUGGAGCACACGUCCUCGAACGGUGGCAGUGGGUUUAGCCGAAAGAAAUACUCCAUCCAUCCGGCCGAGCAUAAGGUGAUCGUUAUGGACGGAUUCAAAGCAGCGAACGACGCUGCCGGCACACCGGACAGCAGUCCCGUUACCUCACGCUCGUCCGCCGUAACGCCGAAGCAUUUUCCAACGCUGGCAAAAAAUGAAAGCAAUGUAUAA